CGAUCUACACCAAUCUCCAUAGCUAUGAUUAUGAUAAUACCGACCACCCGAUAACGGCCCACACAACCACACACGCCUACUGCUAUGCAACCAGCAACCUCUUGUCUUCCUCUUCUCUUAUGACGCCUUGUCAGUUAGGCACAGUCCUGACGACAUGUCAUUUGAGCGUACACGUGGCCUACGACCAGGCGGCGUACCGUCGCCGCGGGGACGCGGCGCGGCUCAACUUCCCUGACGACGCGGCGUCCAGGGCGACGCUCGACCCCGUCGUCAACGCCAAGCUCGAGGCCAUCAGUGCCACCAUCGCCACCGCCGCCGCGUCGUCGUCCAAGAAUGCCGCCAGGGCCAAGAGCAAGGCCGUGCCAAUCAACGCACCCAUCCUGGAAGCGGUGGCGUCUCCGAGCAGCAGCUCCUCCUCCGACGAAGGCUCCGGGUCAGACGACGAGAUGUCCAUGUCCUCGCCCUCCCCGACGCCGGUGGUGGCAGAAUUGGGGCAGCUUGACUUCGGCGAGGUGCCGUGGGACGAGGCCGAGAACUUCGUCGAUUGGCCGCCAUGCCCGGCCGUCGCAGAUGAGGGUUUAGGCAAUCUGCAGGCCGCCGGCACCUAGUACUAGUGAUUAAGUAGGUCUUGGUCAGUCGGUCCCCGGGACCUCGCCGGCGUCCCCGCUCCGGAUGUAAAAUG